AGAUUUGAUGAAAAUUAUUAUCCUUAAAAUUAAAUUAUCAAAUUAUCAAAUUAAAAUAAUACAUUAGUCGGAACUACAUUAUAUAUAUCCGACUCUGAUUUAUUAGAUGAACGUUCCAGGAUUUGAGUGAUACAUCGGUCUGGCUAGUCAGUCGCUAGAUACAAAUUUCGAAACUUCGGAAUUUUUAAUAGAAAAGUAGCACGUGCUAGUUAUUAAAUUUUAUAGUUUUAAAUUGCUCGUUCAAUGAUGGAAGGACUUGCUAGACUCGUUCGUUACUCGCUAAACACAUCCAUACGUGGUUUGAUCCGAUGGACAGAUAUCCUCAUUCUUCCAAGAGGAUUUCCGGAUUACACUCGAGCAUUAGUUCCAGCAGCAGUGCACGGCUUUCCUAGUCAUCACCUACCUUCACUUCGUGAGUUGGAGGACAAUGAUGAUGUAGAAGGGGACGAGGACGAAGAUGGGACAACUGAUCCUAAAUCUUGGUCAGGUAUCCUCUGGGGAGUUCCCAAGAAACGGACGUCUCAAAUGAAGCGUCUCCGACGAAAAUUUGGACAUCAAGACUAUCAAGCCCAGUGCCCCUUACUCAAACCGAAAACCAAUUUGAGGAUCUGCGAUACGUGUGGUCACCAUUACGAAGCGUUCCAUCUUUGUGGAAAUUGUUAUGACCGUAUUUCAAAGGAAACAAAAUUAAUUAGGGAACAAGCUGACACCAAAUUUGGACAUGGACCACACGACAAAGACAUUGUGGUUUUGUAUGAAUCGGAAAAACAUGAUGCUAAAGAAAAUAACAUUUUGAUUGAGUUUCCAAAGCCGAGGCCAAGUUUUUUUAGUGCAAAUUUACUUCAAAGAAGUACAUUGGGAAUUAACCCUGAUGCAAAAUCACUCACUCCACAAGCGUUAAAACCUAUUGUGGUUGACACUAAAAAGGAGUAAAUUUUUUCACACAAGUACAUGUAGUAUUCUUUAAUAAUUGAUGAUGAUAACUUAAUAAGACUUUGAUACUUGUCGUCUCAAUAUUUUUAAGUGUAAUUUAUUUAUGAUUCAUUGUUAUAAGAAGUAAUAAAAGUACAUCAAUAAACAA